AGGUGCACCGGGAUUGGAGGGCUAAGCCACGCACAUCACGCAGGUGCCGCGCCUCGACUCAGACCACUAUAAGAAUGCUGGCGGGGGAAGUGGAGGCGUGCAAGCAUGAGGCGUCAGUUGGUGGUGCUGGUGGUGGUGUGCGGCGUCACCCUGUCCUUCGCCCAACUUCUGCAGGGGGGCACAGGCGAUUCAUCACUUAUGUCGGCACCAGCUGCUGCUCUACCCGCACCGAUGCUCCGAAGGGACACAGUAUAUCAUGCAAGACCUCUGGCACAAGGAAACCAAGCCUUAACCCGCCCCAGGUCACUGCUUGCUGUAUGCGAGGCCGCGGCACAGAUGCUGAGUCGCCAUCUGGCCCAGUGUCUGGCGGUGUUGACUUCUAGCAAGGGCAGCGAGCGAGGUCUGGAAGUGCUGAUCCCGAGGCUAGAUGCAGAAGGUGUGCCUCGACUGUUGCUGAAAGGACCCUUGGCUGACAACAACGGGACUAGCGGUAAAGGCACUGUGCUGCAGGAGGGCUGUGUGGUGCAUGUGGUGUUCCUGGAGGCUGCGGGGUCUGGCGGAGGAACGGGCGGUAGACAGAAAGGUGCAAGCGGAUGGGACGGGCAGGAUCUGUAUCUACCCUCUGCUCCUGUCACCGCACCCCGCUCCCACCUCCUCAUCCUUGUACCUUUCGCUUCUACAGAUUACCGGAGAGUGACCACCGUGCUCCUACACCGCCACCUGCCACUCCACGUCGACAUUCGCCUCCUUGUCCCUCAGGUUUCCGAUCAAGGCAAAGGGCCUCUCGUGAAUGUGUAUCGGCGUUGUCUUCACUGCCAGGAAGGAGACGUGGGAGUACGGUGGGCGGGCUGGUGGGCGUCUGGAGGCUUCACGGACCCGCACACUUUGCUUCGUGAACAGCUCAGGGACCUGCACGGCCACGUCUUCCACAGCGUCACGAUGGACUUCGCUCCUUUCAUCGACUACGACAAGACGCAGGAGCAGCCGGGGGGCGUCGUCAUACCCAGAGACUCCAUGGACAUACGUAUCCUGCAGGAGGCCGCCAGAGUGCUCAAUUUCUCCUUCGUGUUACGGGAACCGAGCGACGGCCAGUGGGGUUACCUUCUAGAGAACGGCUCGUGGACGGGGACGGUGGGCACAGUGCAGCGCGGGAAGGUGGACUUUUCCAUGAUGCUCUCGAUCACCUGGGAGAGAACCUACGCUGUCGACUUCACCCGCGCCUACUUCGUGGAGCCCAUGACCUUCGUAAUGCGCAAGCCCGGCCCCCUCCCGCAGUGGCAGGCGCCCGUCAAGCCCUUCAGCUGGCAGGUAUGGCUGAUGGUGACCGUGAGUGUCCUUCUAGCUGGCCCUGUCAUAUGGCUCGUGCUGUCCCUCACGCCUUACGCUCGUGGAUAUUCUACUGAAGGAACAGCAGAAGGAAAGCUGAAUGGGUUGGAGGAAGAACAUGAAAGCAAUCAUGGUCUGGGUUUGUUGUGUCUCUACAUGGUAGGACCGAUUUUUGCUGAGCCUGUGCCUUUUAAUCCCAGAGGCUCAAGCGGGCGGGUGCUGUGCGGGCUAUGGUGGUUCUUCUGCAUCCUCACCACCACACUGUACCGAGGGAGUCUCAUUGCCCGCCUCACCGUGCCCACGCGCAGCUCCACACUGGACACCCUGGAGCAGCUGGCCGCGUCUAACCUGGAGUGGGGCAUGCUGGACACUUACGGCUCAGGCUAUCAACUGUUCAGGGCGUCUCAGGUACCAGUGUACGUGUCGCUGUUCAAAGAGAUGCAGUACUACAACAUGCGCCACUCCAUGGAGCGUGUGCUGAAGGGCAAAUAUGCCUUCAUCUCCUGGAAAACCUAUUUCAGGAACCUCAUCGCGCGGGACUACACGGACAGGAACGGUGAUACGCAGGUGCACAUUGCUCGUGAGGACUUCUUCCCCGGUGGCUUCGGGUGGGCCUUUCCCAAGAACUCCCCUUACCUUAUCAAGUUCGACAAGAUAUUCCAGCGGCUGAUCGAGUCUGGCGUGGUGGAGAAGUGGAUGGACGACCUGAUCCAGCUGUCGGCAUCCGCGAGCAAAGAGAAGCAGGUGGCGGGGACAGCGGCAGCGGAGGUGGAGGGUCCGCGCGCCUUCACCGUCUAUCACUUGCAAGGCAUCUUUCUGUUCACGGGCGGCGGCAUGUUCCUGGCGCUGCUUGCUCUGGUGGGGGAGGUUCUCAUGGUUCGCUUCUCUGCGCGCACCCACCACUCCACAGCGCUUUCACUGACUAAUCACUGAAUAGGAACGAGAAAACUGCGGCAUCUUUCUCUUCAUAAUGGCUUCCUUCUGGCUCUGUUCGCUCUGCCAGACGUGUUAAUGGCCACUAUUCUGCAUCGCUUUUCUUGACUAAUUACUGAACAGGAACGAGAAAACUGGUGCAUCUUUGUCUUCAUUACGGCUUCCUUCAGGCGCCAUUCGCCCCACUAAACGUGUUAAUUGCUUAUGUCUCCUCUCGCUG